CUUUCUAGCCCCUCCAUACACAGCCCAACCGGCGGUCUAUCCAACAGCUCCUGUAGGCUCAGCUUACCCACCUGGCCAUGCUCCAUGUCCACCUCCAGGUGUUACUCCCUACUCAGUACAAGCAGGCGGACCUCCACCGGCUGUAGGAUUCGUUGUCCCAACUCCUGCCUAUACUACCGUUACAGUCCCACAGGCUACAGUUUAUGUACAGCAACCAACCGCCACUACCGUCACCGCCGUGCAAUUCCAUCGUCAUCCAGUUACGAUGACGUGUCCGCACUGCCGCUACUACGGGCCGACAAGGGUGCACACUGAGUCGGGAUGUCUUGCUUGGGUGUUGUGCCUCGUUAUGUGUUUCUUCGGCCUGUGGUUUGGUUGUUGUUUGAUCCCAUUCUGUUUGGACAGCACCAAAGAUGCUACACACUACUGCGGCAGUUGCCACCGUCCGCUAGGUCGGUACGCGCCACUAU